AUGGCCAAUACUCAGCAUCUGGUCGGCACCUCCGACCUGAACCUCAUUGAGGCCCCCGUCACCUGGCGUGCCUACAUGAUUUGUGGCUUUGCAAGCUUUGGAGGUAUUCUCUUUGGCUACGAUUCUGGCUACAUCUCUGGUGUCCUUGGUAUGCGCUAUGUCAAGAAGCACUUCGGCAACGCAGUCUCCACAUCCGAGGAUGAGACUGGUUUCGUGAUUCCAGCCUCUCGCAAGUCCCUCGUCACCUCUAUCCUCUCCGCCGGUACUUUUAUUGGAGCCCUGAUUGGCGGUGGCAUCGCUGAGCGUAUUGGCCGCCGCAUGACCAUUAUGCUUUCGUGUCUGGUUUUUGCUAUCGGAGUGGCUGUUCAGGUUGCAUCGACAACUGUUGCUGCACUUGUAGCUGGUCGUCUUGUGGCUGGCCUUGGUGUCGGUGGUGUCUCCUCUACAGUUGUUCUUUACGUCUCCGAGAUCAGUCCCCGCAGAAUUCGAGGUCUACUUGUCUCAGUCUACCAGUGGGCUGUUACCAUCGGUUUGCUGGUUGCCUCGGGUGUUGACCAGGGCUGCAAAGAUUUGGAGACUAGUUCCUCAUACCGUAUCCCCAUUGGUCUGCAGUUUAUCUGGGCAGCUAUCCUGGCAGGUGGGCUUUACUUCCUCCCGGAGUCUCCCCGAUAUUAUGUGCGCUGUGGUCGAAUGGAUGACGCCCUUCGCUCCCUGGAGAUAGUUCGUGGCCAGCCAGGUUCCAACCCUGCUAUUCAGGCCGAGCUCGCUGAAAUCCAGGCCAACUUUGAGUAUGAAAAGCAAAUUGCAAGCAACUCGUGGGCUGAUUGCUUCAAGGGAGGCUUUUCUGCACGUGGAAAUCUUCGUCGUGUAAUUGCCGGAACAGGCGUGCAGAUGUUCCAGCAAUGGACUGGUAUUAAUUUUAUCUUCUACUAUGGCACUACGUUCUUCCAACAGGUCGGCUUGAAACACCCAUUCCUGAUCUCGACUAUCAUGAACAUCGCCAAUGUGGUCAGCACUCCGGCUUCAUUUUACAUGAUUGAGAGGUUUGGACGACGUAGCUUGCUGCUUUACGGGGCUGCUGCUAUGUGCGUGUGCGAGUUUCUCGUCGCCAUUGUCGGCACCGCUACUCCUGCGGGAAGCAAAGCUUCGAGCACCUGCCUUAUAGUAUUCACCUGCCUAUACAUCGCUUUUUUCGCUGCCACCUGGGGUCCUGCUGCUUGGGUAGUCACCGGCGAGAUUUACCCUCUCCCCAUUCGAGCCAAGGGUGUUGCUCUCGCUACGGCCUCAAACUGGCUAUGGAACUGCAUCAUUGCAGUUAUUACUCCGUACAUGGUUGACUCGGCAUACGGAAAUCUGAAGACCAAAGUGUUUUUCGUCUGGGGCUGCGCCCUUUUCCUGUGCCUGCUGUUUGCCUUCUUCGUCAUCCCCGAGACCAAGGGUCUCUCGCUGGAACAAGUUGACAAGAUGCUCGAGGAGUCUACGCCCAUAACCAGCGCCAAAUGGAAGCCCCACGACACCUUUGCUCAUGAGAUGGGUAUGGCCACUGAGAAAGAUGAAGCCACCACCAUCCAUGCUGAGGAGCGGAAGGCCACAGUCGGUUAA